CUCUCUGGAUCCCCCUCGGCGCUCUCUAGCUCUCCCCGUGGCCUUCUCUCCUGUUCGCUCUUUGGUCCCCACUCUCCCUUUCCCUCGGAACGUCUCUCGGGUCUCUCGGACUUCAGCCCCCACCCCAUUUCCAAGUCUCCGUCUCCGCGUCCUCAGUCUACCGUUUCCUAUCCCAGCUCCCGCCGGUGGCCCCGCGGCCCCGCCCCCUUCUUCCCCGCCCACCUCGAGGCGCCCGCGGCCCAAUUAGGCGCCGGCCCCGCCCUCAGCCCCACCCCUCGUGCGCCCGGAGCCUCGCGGAGCGGCCGGGGCGGGGCCCGUCCGAGGGGGCGGUGGCCCGCGCGCGAGGAGGCGGGAGGAGCCAGGCGGGAGGCGGGAGGCUGGAGGCGGGAGGCGGCUGCCGCGGCGCUCAGUCCGGCAGCGCAGCAGGAGGGAGGCACGAGGCCAGAGCCGGCGGCUGGGCUCCGCAGCGCAACCAGCGCAGCGCGGCGCCCCGGGCCUGGCCCCAUGCCCGCAGCCUCGCCGGACCGCCCUUGAGCGCGGGCGCCUAGCUCGCGCCCCCCGCCCGCCGGCACCAUUGCCCCGACGGCGCGGCCGGGCGGCCCGGCGCUCCCCAGGCUCCGCGCGGGCCGGAAGACGCUGCUAGCGGCCGCCGCGGGCGUGGUGAUGCUGCUGGUGCUGGUGGUGCUCAUCCCGGUCCUGGUGAGCUCGGGCGGCCCGGACGGCCACUAUGAGAUGCUGGGCACCUGCCGCAUGGUGUGCGACCCCUACCCCGCGCGGGGCCCCGGCGCCGGCGCGCGGCCCGACGGCGGCGACGCCCUGAGCGAGCAGGGCGGCGCACCCCCGCCUUCCACGCUGGUGCAGGGCCCCCAGGGGAAGCCGGGCCGCACCGGCAAGCCCGGCCCUCCGGGGCCCCCCGGGGACCCAGGCCCUCCUGGCCCUGUGGGGCCGCCGGGGGAGAAAGGUGAGCCAGGCAAGCCGGGCCCUCCGGGGCUGCCGGGAGCGGGGGGCAGCGGCGCCAUCAGCACAGCCACCUACACCACGGUGCCGCGCGUGGCCUUCUACGCCGGCCUCAAGAACCCCCACGAGGGUUACGAGGUGCUGAAAUUUGACGACGUGGUCACCAACCUAGGCAACAACUACGACGCUGCCAGCGGCAAGUUUACGUGCAACAUUCCCGGCACCUACUUUUUCACCUACCAUGUCCUCAUGCGCGGCGGCGACGGCACCAGUAUGUGGGCGGAUCUCUGCAAGAACGGCCAGUGCAAUGGUGCGGUCUUGGCUCACUGCAGCCUCUGUCUCCUGGGUUCAAGUGAUUCUCCUGCCUCAGCCUCCCGAGAAGCUGGGAUUACAGGUGCGGGCCAGUGCUAUUGCCCAGGACGCAGACCAGAACUACGACUAUGCCAGCAACAGCGUGAUCCUGCACCUGGACGCCGGCGACGAGGUCUUUAUCAAGCUCGACGGAGGCAAAGCGCACGGCGGCAACAGCAACAAAUACAGCACGUUCUCCGGCUUCAUCAUCUACUCCGACUGAGCCCCCCACAUCUCCCUCCACCCACGUCCCUCACCCCCUGGGGUCCCCUCCGGGUGGGGCAGGGGAUGACCUGUCCACCCACCCGCUCGCCGCCUGGCCCUCCCCAGCUAUGACGCCCCUGGCCCGUGCUCACCACCGCCUGGGCCACAGCUAGGCCCUCCCGCCGGCUUGCUGCUGAGCUGGGUCCAGCGCAUAACGCACCCGGUCCCAGUCCCGCGGGAGCCAGGGUUGACCGCACCCGCCCGGCCCGCACUGUAUAUUUGUACAAUAGGACUGUUUACUGCCCACCCCGCCUGCCAGCCCGCCCCUGCCUGGGGAGAGUUCUCAGCGGCGGCGGGGUUGCUUCCUGCGCUCUGAGGUGAGCUGCCCUUGGCCCCCUCCGGGGUGGAGAGCCCGGGGAAGCGGGGAGUUGGGGGCUGGAUAGCUUCCCAGCACCUCAGAGCCCCCGCCCGGCUGUGCCCCGUCUGACCAAAGCUAUAAUAAAAACAUUUCCACCCUGC